AUGAAACUGGACAACCUGAUGCACAUGGCCAGGACCCCUCAAGUAUAUCUCUCACCUCGCAUGUACUCUUCGCCCGCCGACCUCGAGCUCAUGCGAAACCCAUCACUUACAGUCCAGACUUUCUUCCCAUACAUUGUGGGGAUGCAAAAAAAACCUGUAAGCGCAGCUGAGCCAACUCGAGCUCCUCUGCUUGGAAUACUGCUCUGCACCCCCUAUUUCCAGGUUUCGGAUAAGCGCGAUCACCUGUUUGGAGUCCUUGGAUUUUCUGACUGCCUGGUAGAUACCAAGGACCAAGAGAUGGACGAAAAGGGCAAGCUGCUCAAAAUUGACUAUUCCUUGAGCUUCUCACAAGUAUAUCAGAACAUCACAUACUACUUCAUUCGGAAGACUCAAUCGCUAUACAUACUGUCUCUCAUCAAUGACAACCAGGAUAUUGAACUCCCAUCGUGGACUGUGGACUGGCGAACGGUAAACACUCCAUGGGGUCCUCUUCCAGGCGGUCUAGAACGUCUCUACAAUGGGGAAUAUGCCUCUGUUUAUGACUACAUGGAACCCGGGGCCCUCGGAAUGAUAAGAGACUUGCGACCAUCAAAAGUCGGCUCCCCGGAAUGGCAAUCGCGCCUCCUUGGCUUAUUCCUGCAUGAGCUUGCGCGCCGACUAUACUCAACUACUGAAAGGUCGUUGUAUCACAAUCGCUAUACCAAGAAGCAGUACUGGCAUCACUUCGGUAGAAUGAUGGAUUUUGACUGCAAAACUGGAGACGUUCGCCUGGUAAAGAACACCCUAUGCGUUCGAGGUACCCCCUUAGCUACCUUGGAGUCGGGAAAUAUCGAGGACGAGCCUUGUACGCCGUUUCUAUAUCUUGAGGGGACUGCUCGAGGAGGCCGUCCUGCCCCGGGCGGUGGUGGCUGGGAAGGCUAUGUUCAAUACAGUGACCUCGGCCGUUUCAAACGAAAGCGGCUACGAAAGGCGCAGGAGUGGGCCAAGCAGAACCUCAAACAGUGGUAUGACGAGCCACGGAAAGAUGGCAUGGUCGCCACUACUGUGGCCAGUACUGUACAUUUGAGAGACGAAAUCAUGCCAUUAUUGACGUUCGGCGCGGCCACACCCUGGCUCGAUAUUCGUCAGGAUGAACAGGUUCAUUGCUGGAUGACUCGUGUGGCCAUGGUGCCCCGGCACAGCAAGGAAGGGGAUCAGAUCGUCCUUUUGCGAGGCUGUGCCUAUCCAUUUUUGUUGCGGCCUUCGGGCGAUAAGUGGAAAGUUAUUGGGAUAACACUCUACCCAUUGUUCUGUCAGGCUUACAAGAGGAACGCAUUCGAAAUAUGUGACUUGGAGAGUAUGGAUAUUUGGCGCCGUGUAUUUGGGGAACGGGGACCGAAAGCUUCACAGCAAGAAUUUCAAUUGAUAUAA